AUGGCCCAUCCACAAGAUUAUCUAUUCAGUGAAAGUGGCACAGUGGAGGAUGAAAACGAUGGCAUCAUUCCGUCCGAUGAUGAGCUCCCAGAUGCCGGAGACGGCGAUGACGAUGGUGACGAUGCGGCCGGCCCAUCCAAACCGGUACCUUUGGAGGUGAAGAAAAAAACUGUCCGUAAUCCCCGAAACAUGCUCAACGAAGCAAAACUAUGUGGUCCGCGUGGUAUAAUAGCGCUGAAGGAUCAUUUCAAGGGUUUCAAAUUUCACGGCAAAGGCCACGAAGCAUCCGAUCUGAACAGGAUGAUGCGCCUCUACGAACACUGGGCCCAUCGGUUAUAUCCGAAGUUUCACUUUGACGAUUGUAUGGCUAAGAUCGAGAAGCUCGGCCACAAGAAGCAGGUACAGAUGUACAUGAACAAAUAUCGGUCGGGAUUGUUGCAGCAGGAACUGGAUGAAGCGGCCGCCGUACAGAGUGAGGAAGAGGAGCCGGAUGAGAAUCAGCAAAUGAAUCAACCGCUCGAUCCGUUGGACAGUAUGCUGGAAGAACAGAUUGCUCGUUCGAGGGGACGAACUUCGAUUGCCCACAAUACAUCCGGUAUUGGAAAUCUGUCCACCGAUACGGCGUUCGAUGCGGUGCGACAGGAUGAGAGCAACAUUCACGCAAAUGCCUUGAAAGACACACAGCAGGUGAUGAAAUCGCCAUCGAUAAACGAAGAAUUACGAGCCAAGAUUGAAGCAAACCGAUUGAAAGCCCUAGAACUGCGAAAAGCACGCAUGCUGGCACAAUCGCAGAGCACAAAUGAGACGGAAAAUACGGAAAACAGCCCAGAAACUCAAUAA